ACAGCGCCCCUAGCCGCGCCCUCGGUCGCUUGGGGUCACCGCAGGCGGUGCGCAGAGCUGUGGCAGCACAAAGCCCUUUGUUGGGCUCAGUGACGCGGGCGCCCUUCGGGACGUGGGCGGGCAGGGACGAGGAGGGUCGCGCGGCGCGGCCCCGUGCGCGGCCCCAGGCUCCUGGCGCGCGCUCUGCCCUGGUUUGCGGCCCGACCCGCAUCCUGGCCAGACCCGACCAGUGGCCCAGCUCCUGUGACACCGCCCCAGGGCCCUGCGUGAGGACGUAGUGGGGACGGCUCGGCAUGGCCUACGGGCUCCCCAGGAAGAACACGGUGAAGGGCAUCUUACGGGGCAGCUGCUACAGCGUACGGGAGCCCUGGGACCUUGCGCUGCUGACGAAGACCUGGUACUUGAACAUAGUCAACUCCAGACUGCCUUUUCUGGUAGAGCUCGCCUAUGGGAAUUCCUUGCCGCUCUCAAAAUGUGACACACAGGAAGGGCUGCUGCCUUCAGAGGAGUGUAAGUGCCUCGGUGUCCUGGAGAAUCUGUCGGAGGUGUGCAACCCAGUGCACAUUAUCAGAGAGACACGGCUUCCUGUCUCAGUAGCCCCGCAUCUUGGUGGUUCAACAGGCUGGCCUCAAACCCAGAGCAAUCCUCCUGCCUCAGCCUCCCAAGUGCUGGGACUACAAGCCUGUGCCACCCUGCCGGGCUGUAUGUGAUUCACUACUGAACACACUAAACCUGGUGGAAAAUGCCAGUCAGAGUGCUCCACGGGUUUUAUUUUAUUUUACUGUUUUAGCCGUCAGACUCGAAAGAGAGUAUGAAAUGAAGCGCCUGACUGAAUUGAAACGUCAAGAAAAUGCAUCUGAGGAAAUUCAGAUGUCCCUACGGGCAAGGGCUGGCGGCUUGAGGAGACCUCUGCAACCCAAGUGACGGACGUGG